CGAUUAUACUCCGGCAAAAAAAACGCGCUGUGGCUCCACGCGCUGGCCGACGCAUCGCUUGGAAGCUGUAAGCGACGCGUCAUAACUCGCUGGAGGCGUGGACAAACGCCCAGUUGCUCGCGCGCCCGCAACCGCUGCAUCCCACCCAGCCAGCGCGUCCGUUUCGGCAGCCGUCGCGCCGCACGCGCCGCCGACGAGCCAGCAGCCGCCGCGACGAUAGACGCAAACCAAGGCGUACGAAACGAUAGACGAAAACCAAGGCGUACGAAACGACGAUGGCAGCAAAAAAGCAAGUCGGCAAGUAUGAGAUCGGCCGCACGUUAGGUGAAGGAACUUUUGGGAAAGUGAAACAUGCCGUCCACGUGAGCUCAAGGGUCGAAGUCGCCAUAAAGGUACUAGACAAGGAACGCAUCCAGAAGCAGUCCAUGGGCUCGCAGAUAAAAAAGGAGAUUAGUAUUAUGAAACAAUUAAGUCACGAAAACGUCGUCAAGCUUAAGGAGGUCCUCGCGUCGCGCACAAAAAUAUUUAUUGUAUUGGAGUUAGUUACUGGAGGGGAAUUAUUUGAUCUCAUAGUGCAGCGAGGUAGACUAGAUGAAGCGGCAUCGAGGAUCUACUUCCGACAACUCGUGAGCGGCGUCGCCUACUGCCACUCGCAGGGCGUCGCGCACCGCGACCUCAAGCCCGAGAACCUGCUGCUGGACUCAGAGGGCACCCUGAAAAUCUCGGACUUUGGAUUGUCAGCCCUGUACGACGGCGAAGAGGGUAGUACGCGGUCGCAGAUGCUGCACACGACGUGCGGCACGCCGAACUACGUGGCUCCCGAGGUCCUGCAGAAUGAAGGAUAUGUAGGAAGAAUAGCCGACUGCUGGUCCAUUGGAGUUAUCUUAUAUGUACUUUUGGCCGGUUUCUUACCUUUUGACGAAGCCACGAUGUCCGCUUUAUUUGACAAAAUAAAACGGGCAGAAUUUGCCUAUCCAGCUCAUUUCUCCGACGGCGUCAAGGUCUUGAUCGAUUCGUUGUUGGUCGCGGAUCCCCAGAAGCGGGCGACACUCACGGACGUCCAAAAGGACCGGUGGUUUUUGGACCAGUCGCUGUCGACUGUGGCUACUGAUCAAGUAGUACAGCCGCUGAUGCGGAAGAAGUCUUCCUUAAAAACGUCGAAGUCUACCAGAGUGCAGUCGCUGACGUCGUCGUCGUCCCCGACGCAAGUGGUCGAGGCUUUGCGGAAAGCGCUCGUCGCGUCGGGCGCGACUUUAGCUGAAGAUGCGCCGCCGAAGCCGGAGGAGACGGAGGACGAGACCGAUGACGAAGGGCCGGGAACACGGUCCGUCGAGGCGUCGCUGCAGUCGCCGUCCGGGCUGUUGGCUUUGGUAGCGACGGCGCGGCCCGCCGAUAACGGGGCGGCGCUGGAUCUGCUGCGAGGCAAGGGCGACAUCCUCGCCUUCCAGGCGUGGCUCCAGGGCGUCCUGGAGGCCGUCCGCGCGGCGGGCGUGACUUUAACGGGGCCGCCGGAGCCCUAGGUUUUGCUUUUUUAUCGUCGACGUUCGCUCGGUA